GGGCAGCCUCGGGACAAUGGGGCCGCGGCGCUUGCUGCUCGUUGCCGCUGGCCUCAGCCUGUGCGGUCCCUUGCUGUCUUCCCGCGUCCCCGUGAGCCAGCCAGAACCCGAGACGACAGAUGUCACUAUGAACCCCCGCUCAUUUUUCCUCAGGAAUCCCAGUGAAAAUGCCUUUGAACUGGUCCCCCUGGGGGAUGAGGAGGAGAAAAAUGAAAGUGCCCUGCCCGAGGGCAGGGCCAUCUACUUAAACAGAAGCCGCUCCCCUCCCACAGCACCUGCUCCCUUCAUCUCGGAAGAUGCCUCGGGAUAUCUGACCAGCCCCUGGCUGACGCUCUUCAUCCCCUCGGUUUACACCUUUGUGUUCGUCGUCAGCCUGCCUCUGAACAUCCUGGCCAUCGCUGUGUUCGUCCUGAAGAUGCAGGUCAAGAAGCCGGCCGUGGUGUACAUGCUGCACCUGGCCAUGGCUGAUGUGUUGUUUGUGUCCGUGCUCCCCUUGAAGAUCAGCUACUACUUUUCCGGCAGUGAUUGGCAGUUUGGGUCCGGCAUGUGUCGCUUCGCCACCGCCGCGUUCUACUGUAACAUGUAUGCCUCCAUCAUGCUCAUGACGGUCAUAAGCAUCGACCGCUUCCUGGCGGUCGUGUACCCCAUCCAGUCCCUGUCCUGGCGCACCCUGGGCCGAGCUAACUUCACUUGCCUGGUCAUCUGGGUGAUGGCCAUCAUGGGGGUGGUGCCUCUCCUCCUCAAGGAGCAGACCACCCAGGUUCCGGGGCUCAACAUCACCACCUGCCAUGACGUCCUCAAUGAGACCCUGCUGCAAGGCUUUUACUCCUACUACUUCUCGGCCUUCUCCGCUGUUUUCUUUCUCAUUCCACUGAUCAUUUCCACGGUCUGCUACAUGUCCAUCAUUCGGUGUCUCAGCUCCUCUGCAGUGGCCACUCGGAGCAAGAAGUCGCGGGCUUUGUUCCUGUCCGCCGCUGUGUUCUGCAUCUUCAUCGUGUGCUUUGGGCCCACCAACAUCCUCCUGAUCGUGCAUUACAUGCUCCUCUCAGACAGCCCUGCCACGGAGACGGCCUACUUUGCUUACCUCCUCUGUGUCUGCGUGAGCAGCGUGAGCUGCUGCAUCGAUCCCUUGAUUUACUACUACGCCUCCUCCGAGUGCCAGAGGCACCUCUAUGGCAUCUUGUGCUGCAAAGACAGCUCCGAUGCCAACAGCUACAACAGCACCGGCCAGCUGAUGCCAAGCAAAAUGGAUACCUGCUCGAGCCACCUGAACAACAGCAUAUACAAAAAGCUAUUAGCUUAGGGGAGAAAGCUUGCUGGAAGGUUACACAGAAAGGGCUGGAAAAGUGGACAGCCCAGGGAUCCUGUUAGUCUCUGGCAAGCACUGUAUUUACUUCACCACCUAGAACAACCAAUGUCUGAUCUGCAUGCCUACUUCCUACAAGUGCUAUCAAGAAUAAUUACCAGAAAGGUAAUGGGGACAAAAGAUGUCCAGCGUUGCCAGUGCUGCAAUAGUAACCAACUGUCCCUUCUCAUAUAUCUAGGUGACCUGAAUAUAUAGGCAGUAUGCACAUGUGUAUUUGCAAUGCAGUGUGGUAUCGGCGCUUUGACACGUUUCUCGUUUAUUCCCUAGCAGUUACUAUGGAAAUAAUCUGAUUCUCUGACUUACUAAACAAAGUCUGGUUUGGUUGGUGGAUGUUAGCACUGAACAGCUAAAGGUAUCCAGUGAUAGGGAAGGAGUCCAUAGGUCAGACUUAACACAGCUUUUGCCCAUAUAUAUAUUUCCAAUUAUUUGAUGGUAAUAUUUGAGCAAUAGAAGGAUGAAAGAGUAUUAUCUGUGUAGGGGAAGAUCUAAUGCUUUUCAUCUUGCUUUUCAUCUUGAAUACACCAUAGUCGAAGAAUUACCAAAACAGUUGGAAAGUCCAUUUUGAUAUGGGUAGCAUUUUUGCAAUUUACAUACGGAAUACAUGGACCAGGAUUGAGCAUGAGACCCACCAGGAUCAUAAGAAACCUUUUAAAGCGGCCAACCCAAUAACUAGGCACAGCCAUCUCCAUGAGAUCCUUUGAACAGCUGAUGCCCAUUCAGCUGUGCCUCCCAGAGAGCAGAGAUGGGGACCACCAGGCCCACUCCUUGCUCGCGGCUUCCCAUCAGCUGUGAACUGACUGUAUGUGUUAGGAACUGACCAGCUAGGAUAAGACAUCCUGGGAGGGAAUAACUACGAGAGUCGUCUGCACUUCUGAGGAGCAGGGAAAGGUGUGUUUAUAUCCAGUAGCUGUCUUGCAAGGCUGGCUCUUGCACAGACACACCCACGUGCCCUGGGCACUCUGAUGGGAACUGGGGCUGCAGACUGACUGACUGCCAGACAUUAACUGAGUCCUGCCUUUGCUCAAACAAAGCAGAUAGCUGACGUGUGGUCAACGUGAUGUAAGCACCGCAGAUACACCACUGUACAGAGAAGUGUGUUCAGCCAGACACCACCAAG